AUGGCAGCAGCACCAAAGAACACCUCAGCAGAACCACCCCCAGUCACAUUCACCGACGACAGAACACCCUCAGCCAGACUCAACAGAGCCAUCCAGUCCGCAAACACAAACCUCGUCAAACGCCUCCUCGCCGCAGAGCCAGCCAUCGACCCCAGGAACCAGGACCCCGUGAGCAGGAAGACCAGCCUCAUCCUCGCCACCGAACACGCCAACCUCGAGAUCUGCAGGGUACUCAUCCACGUCGACGCACAGCUCAUCAGCCGAGACCUCGAAAACAACACCGUCCUCCAUCUCGCCGCCGCCAACGCACUCGAUGACAUCAUCACCCUCUACCACUCCCACUAUCCCUUCGUACUGGACUGGGCUAACUCCGAAGGAAUGACCGCACUCCAUGUCGCCUCCCAGAGGGGGCACGAGUCCACCGUCUCCCUACUCUUGGACUUCCAAGCAGACGUCGAACUAACCGACAACGAGGGCAACACCUGCCUCCACUAUGCGGCUGCAUGGGGCCAUCUCAAAAUCGUACUCCUGCUCAUCGACCGCGGAAGCCCCUUCUGGGCCAAAAACAACCAAACCUUCACGGCCUCCGAUUACGCCUUCUCUUUCUCAAUCCAAUCCGCCCUCCAGGAAUCAGCCAGAGCACACUUCGAGUCCAAAAAACAGCAGCGCCAUCAGCGCCAGCACAGGGACCGCGACAAGGAGCGCAACCAACGCACCCCAGCUGCCAUCCCCCCGGAUACUACACAGCCCCGUCCCAGCCGACUCGGCCUAAAAGACUCUCACAGCUCCACAAGCACACGCUCAACCACCACCACCAACAACAACAACAAUACCCCACAAAUCCUCAGCGCCCCCAUGAUCCCCAAGAUCUCAACCUCCCCAACCACCUCGAUCACCCAUCAUCCCCCACCCCCACCGAUCCUACCCAGCGCACUCUCCCCCUCAACCAGCUCCAAACCGCUGACCAGUCCAACCAACUCCGUCGCCACGGCCCGCACGGUAUCCUAUCUGAUCUCGAAAGACUUGGAAGCCAUCCAAGAUUUCCGCACCCGAAGCAUCUCGCUUGCGAAUACCACCACCACCACCACCACUCCUACCAACAACAAUUCCGUCAACCCUCAACACUCGGGGCCGUCUUCUGCGCCCCUGGUACCUGAAUCGCCAACCACCUCUAGCUUCAGUAACUCACGACUGCUGCCUCUCCAGCUCGUCUCCGCCGCUGCAUCCGCCAGCUCCAAAUCCUCCGGCCCCUCCUUGCGCCCCCGGAGUAGCACCGGCAACCUGAGCAACCACGCCAAUCCAGACGGCACCAGCCGCACCCGCGCGGGGAGCACGGACUCGGAGACCGGCGUGAUCAUCGCCGGUCCGGGUAUCCGCGAAGGCCUCUCGCGCCUCCGAUACCUCAAAAGCGGGCCGAGCUCGAACGCUUCGAGUAUAAGCGCCCCCAAUACCAACAACUACACUAGCACAUCCUCCGCCUCCGCCCCCGGAACCACACCCUCCACCGCCGGCCUCGCCUCCAGGCCGGCCCAUCUCGCCCUCGACACCGUCCCCGGAAGCCCCGCCCUCUCCGGCUCCUCCUCCUCCCAACUCUCUACGCCUACCUCUAAACUCUCAACCCCCUCCAACACCUCCGCCUCAACCACCAAACUCCCAACACCCAUCAACCAUCCUCGCUCGACUACUCCCACCAAGACCUCAACCACUGCCGCUGCUUCCUAA